GGGCGUGGAGGUAAGCAAGGCGGCGUUGAAAGUCUGGCGAUUUUCAAUAUUGUGUUGGAGUGGUCGGCGUCCGACUUGCAGGCGAGCUGGGCGCGGGGGAACUUUGGAUUCCAGUUGGAUCGGGAGGGCGUCCCUCCGAUAUCGCACAUCAUCUGGGCCGAUAACAUCUACCUUUUUGCCGCAACAGCGAGCGACUUCAAGACCAUAACGCAGGAGCUCACGGAGGUUCAGCAGGACGCCGCCGGAUUGUCGAUCGACGCGGUCGAAGAGUUGGAAGUUUUAGGAGCCCUGGUGAGCAGGGAGGCGGACGCGCACACGAGCAUGGAACACCGCUUAGCUAAGGCCGAGGGCACCUACUGGAGCAACGCCCGCACUCUCCGCGGCCCAG